AACACUCGCAGCAGCCCGGACAGAGUUUGAAUUUACACGAGCAGCAAAAAGAAUGGAGCUGAAGGAGAGAGAGACGAAGAGUCAAAAAAGGGGGAAAGACAAUGUGGCCUUUGAGUCAGAGGAGCAGGAUCAGACAAACAUUGAUGUGGACGUCACUGACGACGCAGACGAUGCGCACAAAAACACAGAGCGACGCAACAAAAGCUUGCUGGAGAAGAAAAUGGAGGCAUUCCAGAGCUGUUUGGCAGAGCACACAGACCAAAUCCACCUGAUUAUACACCUGGUUUUAGCAGCAGGCUCCACUGCCGUAGUGAUAGCAGCGUGUGUCCUGAACUUCCACCGGGCCGUCGGGCUGCUGGUCAUCUUCCUGCUCACAAUAUUCUUCCUGGUCUGGGAUUGGUUGAUGGAGCGCUACGGAGACUGGAUGUGGGAGGAGCUCUGUCCAAUCAGAGAUCUUCUCAGCAGAUGCUGGUUUCGGAUGAGAUGGAUUGUAUACACGCUGCUGCUGGUGGCCGUGGUGUGUUGGUUAGCACUGGACACAGCCCGGCAAGGAACCAGACAACUCGUGUCCUUCUUUGGUUUGCUGCUCUUCAUCUUCUUAAUGAUGCUGUUCUCAAAACACCCAUUCAGGUGGUCUUGGCAGACUCUACUUUGGGGGAUCGGGCUUCAGUUUAUCUUUGGUCUGCUGAUCCUCAGGACCACAUCUGGCCUAGGGGGACUGCAGUGGCUCGGAAAACAGGCAGAGAUGUUCAUGUCGUACACAAACGUUGGGUCAGAGUUUGUGUUUGGAGCCAGUUACACAGACCACUUCUUUGUCUUCAAGGUGAUGCCUAUAUUGGUUUUCUUAAGCGCCGUCAUCUCCGUCCUCUACCACACCGGCUUCAUGCCCUGGCUCAUUUGCAAGAUUGGAUUCAUAAUGCAGGUUACAAUGGGAACAUCUCCGUCCGAAUCAAUGGCUGCAGCUGGAAAUAUAUUCUUGGGACAGACAGAGGCUCCUCUCUUGAUUGCCCCAUACAUCAGUGAGCUAACUCGCUCUGAGAUGCAUGCUGUGAUGACGGGAGGUUUGGCUGGCAUCUCUGGUACCAUUUUAGGAGCCUACAUCUCCUUCGGGGUUGAGGCAACACACUUGUUGGCGGCAUCGGUGAUGUCCGCUCCAGCCUCCCUCGCCAUAGCCAAGACUUUCUGGCCUGAAAUAGAAUCCUCAAGAGCUACAGCCAGGCAGGAUCUCAAAAUGGACUCAGGAGGGCGUACGAACGUGUUAGAGGCAGUAUCCCAUGGUGCAUCUUGUGCUGUGAGUUUAGUGGCCAACAUUGUUGUCAACCUCAUUGCCUUCCUGGCACUGUUGGCCUUCUUUGAUGCUGCUCUGUCCUGGCUGGGCGGGAUGUUGGACUGCCCACAGCUCAGCUUCUCACUUAUCUGCUCUUAUGUGUUCAUGCCUCUCUCCUUCAUGCUGGGUGUUUCCUGGGAGGACAGUUUCCUUGUUGCUGAGCUGAUCGGCACAAAGACAUUUCUCAAUGAGUUUGUGGCCUAUCAGAGAUUGUCGGAGUUAAUCAAGAAGAGGAAGGCGGGAGGGCCAGAAUAUGUGAACAACUUAAAGCAGUUUAUUUCUGUCCACUCUGAAACCAUUGCAACCUAUGCUUUGUGUGGAUUUUCCAACUUCUCCUCCCUGGGGAUGCUGGUGGGAUCGCUGUCGGCCAUGGCUCCAGAAAGACGGGCUGACAUCUCCAGCUGUGGCCUCAGAUCUCUGAUUGCAGGCAGCGUCUCCUGUUUCAUGACUGCUUGUAUUGCAGGUAUGUUGUACAUCCCUGAUCUUCAGUGUCCACACUUCCUGAGCACACACAUCAACAACACCGGUUUGACCAGCAGCCCACAACUGCUCACCUGCUGCACACAGCUAUAUAACAGUGUGACGGUGUAUGAGCCUCUGAACGUGACGAUCGGAGGAGGAUUCAGUCAGAGCAGUUUGCAAUCCUGCUGCUCGCUCACACCCCCCACACACUUCAACUGCAGCUCGGUGCUUUGAAUCACUGUGAACAAAAACAUGUUUUUAUAUCUGUAAUGUAUAUACGACAUUUCCAAUGAAGUUGUUCCUUUUUGUUGCAUUGUUUGUCUGUUUGCACUGGCCGACAGUAAUUAAGUAUGUUUACUCAAGUAGUUUUUGUGAUACUUGCACUAAAGUACUGCUGUACCUUAAGCAUUCAUUUUUCUACUGCAUUAAAAUCGAGAGGAAUA